GCCAGCGUGUGUGGUGGCUGGCUGAGCUGUUCCCCUACUCCAACUGGAAUAAUCACCGGGGGAAAGAAGGAUAAACUGUAGAGAUAAGACAGAGAUUUUGAUCAGGCUCGGGGAGGCUUCUACGGAACUCUCAGUGCAGAAUAAAAACACACACAUUGACCAAUUUUGCUUAUUCCAAGACAAAUCCAAAAAAUUAUUGAACAUCACGACUAUUCACACACGUCGGAGGGCUUUUACUGUUUGCGACUCUAGGCUACAUGUGCACUACCAAGUGGAGCCAACUUGGAGAGAGGCACAUUUGAAGAACAUCUCUCCAACACUGUAUGAUUACUGAGAUUGAGUGGAACUUCUAAAGUUUGCAUCAUGCCAUGUUUCAUUUCACUGUGCCUCUACUUUUUGCUGGUCUUGAAACCAGUUAGGACAAUAACCGAGGACGUAGAAGUCUUGGUGAUUUUGCCAAAAAAUAAUUCCUACCUUUUUUCAUACCCAAGGGUGGCACCGGCAAUAGAUUAUGCGCAGCAGAGGUUAAAAAAAGACGGAGGGGAGUAUUCCGGGCUCCAGUUCAAAAUACAGUAUGAAAACUCCGAUUGUGGCAAUGAUGCUCUGUUUACGUUGGUGGACAAGUCAUGCGAGAAGAAGCCGGAUUUGAUUCUCGGUCCGGCGUGCGAGUACGCGGCAGCGGCGGUGGUGAGGCUGGCGUCCCACUGGAACAUUCCGGUGAUCUCAGCAGGUGCGCUGGCCACCGGCUUCAGUCACAAGAACACCGAGUAUUCCCACCUGACCCGCAUCGCGCCCUCCUACCUGAAAAUGGCAGAGACCUUCACUGCCAUGUUCCAGUACUUCACCUGGAAAAGCGCGCUGCUCGUGUACGAAGACGACAAGGAGGAGCGCAACUGUUUCUUCACUCUGGAGGGGGUCUAUCACCUGCUGGGGGACUACAACAUUGUCACUUAUGCCAUUCAUUCCAAAGAGGACCGUCUGGACACCGACGACAUCCUGCAAAACAUCUACGACACUGAAGUGGUGAUCAUGUGUGCGGGAGCAGACAUAAUACGAGAGAUCAUGCUGGCUGCACACAGACGAAGGCUGACCAGUGGCAAUUACAUCUUCUUCAAUAUUGAACUCUUCAAUUCCUCCUCUUAUGGCAAUGGCUCCUGGAAGAGAGGCGACAAGUAUGACAACGAAGCGAGGCAAGCCUACGCUUCCCUCAACACUGUGACACUGCUCAGGACAGUCAAGCCAGAGUUUGAGAACUUCUCCAUGGAGGUGCAAAAGUCCAUCCAGAAAGCAGGGGUCCACGACUGCAAAGACUGUGGAAGUAUCAAUAUGUUUGUUGAGGGAUUCCAUGAUGCCUUGCUUCUGUAUGCCAUCGCUUUGCAUGAAGCCAUGAAAAAUGGUCACAGCAAGAAGGACGGAGCGGAGAUCACGGCCCGCAUGUGGAACAGAACGUUUGAGGGAAUUGCUGGCCAGGUAUCCAUGGAUGGCAAUGGCGACAGAAAUGGAGAUUUCUCUUUAAUGGUCAUGACCAAUGUUGAAGCAGGAACCUAUGAGGUGGUGGCCAACUACUUUGGUGUAAAUGGAAGUUUUCAGGUGCUGCCAGCCUUCAACACUGACCGUUUCACACUUCAAGGAAGACGUAAAACUCACACAGAGAUACCAGACAAAUCAUCAGGUGGACUAGGAGUAUCGGCUCUGACUGGAAUCAUAGUUGGAGCACUUCUGGGAACUGCAAUGCUCAUGGCAUUCUACUUUUUCAGGAAAAACUACAGAAUAACCAUCGAGCGUCGCACACAGAGGGAGGAGUGUGACAUUGGGAAGCAUCGCCAGUUACGUGAAGACUCCAUCAGAUCAAACUUCUCAGCAGCAUAGAUCAUUCCAGAGGACCAAGUUGCUCAUUGCAUUCCCCUUCAAGGGAACCACACACUGAAAUGUGACCAAAGACUUUAUAAAGGCUGUCAAUGGAGUCAUUUUAUUUAAAAGAUGAGUAGUUUGUUUUGUAUCCUUUUGUGUUUUUAGACUUUUGGUAACUCAGGAAAGUUGUAACAGUCACAAAGCACCACUUACUUGGAUUUCCUCUCUGUAAAAAGGUAGAUAGAUGAGGUGCAUAGAAAGCCAUGACCAUGGUAUUCCAGAUUUUCACAUUUUUUUUCUUCCUUUUUU